AUGGACAAGUGGUCCAAUAUGAUCAUUAACUUGAAUCUAUGGACAAAUUGUACCACUACUAUGAUUACUCAAAUGGUUUCAUGGAUAAUG